CUUCCUGGUUGCAGUUACAGGAAUAUGUAUAUUCGCUUCAGCCUACGAUGUGAUUUUUCAAAUCUUUCACCCAGCCAAUAUGGCCGAGCCUCCUAACUACAAGAACUUGGCUGUCUUUGGAGGGGCUUCUCGCGACAAUAUUUGGCUUUUCACGAUAUGUCACUGUGAAACUAGCACGUCAAGCAAUUCCAAAGGCAUACAUGCCGAUCACCAAGGAAGAUUUGCCCAUGAGUGUAUAUGAGUUUGUGCAAUCGGAAUUGGAUCGUGUGGCGCGACUGGCCAAGAAGGCAGUACCUUUGUUAGAAGAAAGUGGUCAACCAGGAUGGGGCAAGCCAGGAUCAUCACUACAAGGCACACAUUUCAAGACGUUUAUGGCUAGUACACCUCACUUCAUUGAGCGGGCUGCCAUUGCUCAAUCACCGGAUUUGGCUCGUCCACCAAACAUGUCCAUCUCGGCCUAUAUUCAUAUGCUUAUAGAUCUCAAAUUAGUAACCAGGGAUAUUGGACUGGAAUACAUUGCAGGAUACGAACAAGCACGCUUUGGAGGGGUAAGGAACGACCCGCUUCCUGUCACCAUGUCACCACUUCAUAAUCAACAACAGCUUCAUCACCGUCAUGCACAACAAGCCUCAGUACGAUCAAAUCGACAAUCUUCAUCCGUUGUCAAUCCUCGUCAUCCAUAUCAGGAUCCUUCGACUAUCUCAGCGAUGACGGCCGAAGGUAUGCAAUCUCCGAUUUCUCGUGAUGUUGGCACGGAGGGUGUAGAGGAAGAGGAUUAUAUUCGAUUCAUGAAAGUCUUGAGCUGGAUUUUGCAAGAACUCGGAUGGGAUGAUGACGUGGAAGAGGCAUAUGAGGAAGAAAAUCGUGAGCGGGAACGAGUACAGCAACAGGACAUAGCUGGCGGUGAGGCCUCGCAAAUAGAAAGAAGUGCUUGGUCUAAGAGUGGUGAUCUUGAGGACAUUGUAAUGAGUAGAGUUAGCGUUAAUGGUAGACAAGCUGCCUCCAUGGGCAGCAGAACAGACAAAUCACAUCAAAACAGAGACAGUCAACUCAGCGGCGAGAGCUUUAUUGUAGUGGACGAAUCCGAAAUCCCAACCCACACUUAUUCGAGUGGAAAAAGGGGAGAAGGGAGUGGUGGGGUUGGCGGAAGGGUCGUCUACGCGAUAGAUGCAACGGAUUCGUCCUCAAAAGGCAAGAAGAGACAAACGAAAAGCGGUAAUAUGAGCACACGUAGUCUGUUGACUAUGCGUACUAUGCAGACAGCGAGUAGUACGAGAUCCUGAAAGAAUAAGACAGAAUGUCAACUAGUGUUGAAAUAAAGAACAUUGGGAAGAGCGUGUAAAGACAGAGACCA